GCAUGCGCGUUGCUGACUCGCCGUAAUCCUCGCGCAUCUGCGCGUGCUGGAGAGAAACAGGCUGAAUUAAGAACCGAAUCAAAUAAAUAACCGCAUCAUAUGCAACUGCGCUUUAGACACAUGCAUGCUGUCAUCAUGAGUCCCGCGCGGAGAUGCAUGAAAGCACCGCUGCAGUUUGGCUGCUGGCUGUGUGUGUUUAUGCGGCGCGCGGCAGCAGCAGCAUCAUCAUCCUCCGCUCCAGCCGAAUCAUGAGUGACCGAAGUGGCUCACGGAACCGCACAGGACCGAACCUCACAUCCGGACGGGAGCGUUUUAGCCGCAGGGAUUUGUCUAUAUCAUCCAUCCGGAUGCUUUCGUUGCUGGACCGCAGUUAGGACCCACGUCGGACCGGCGGAACCGGAGCGCUCCUGCCCUCACCGGGCCCGAGACCACUGCACCUCCUCACCCGAGCCUCUCUGCGCCGUUAAAUAUUCAUAGUCACGAUCUGAGUGUCAAACUUGAUACUCCGGUGCCUGGAGAGACAGAUGAGAACCUUCACAGCCAACGCUGUCACGUUAUAAACAUCUGCAUGAGCUUUAGAUGAGAGGAGCAGCUGGAUCUGUACAGGCAGGAGGACAUUCACUGCAGCACCUGCAGGCUGACCCGCUGAGGGCCUCCGCUGGGCUGGAUGAAAUGUGACGCAUCGUAAUCCCGGUGACAGCUGCGGAAAGAUGAGCCACAGACAGAGAGAGAGAGACAGGCAGUGAACAUGAUUAGAGGGACUGCGCCGUGACUCAACCAGUCGCAUAGAAAAACAAGACGGGACGAGGCUGGAAACUUUCUCGCUGCAUCGAAGUUCCUCUUUUAAAGCUGUAAACGGCGUGUUUUUGUCUCUAGUGCUUCAGUAAUGUAUUGUACUGCCAUCCCUGAAGUGUCGUCCUUCCUCUCAGGCGAGGUUACGGCAGGUUAAACGUCACCUGAGGCUUAGAGAGACCGGGCCCGUUGAGCUGAAGGGCCCCGUGGCCCUCGCAGACCUUUGGGAAAAGCCACCCGUGGAUCUUGUGAACAUUUUUAGCCAGCAGACACGCAUGCAUGCGUGAGCACUGUCAAUCACAGACCACACAUCCUGGUGUUGAUCUCUGGCUGACUAGAGGAGAUGUCUGACCCACCAAACUGAGAUUCAGAACCUUUGCGUUUGUGUGUAUUUAUGUGUGUGAAAGACAAACAGAGGGACGCAGUGUGUGUGUUUAGAAGUUGUUCGUUGUCGUGGCAAUGGGGAGUUCUGCGUCGUCUCUAACCACGGACAGAGAAUCAGAUCACGGGUUCGGUACGGCUCCGUUCCCCGCAGCCGCUCCGAUGGGCUGGCUCAGGACCAGCCACAGCAGCCCGGUGUGGGGAACCACUUUCAUCACACGCCAACAGCAGCAGCAGCAGCCUAUCCCACACAGAGAACGCAGUCACUCUCAUUCUCCUGGUUCGAUGGCAGCAGUUGUGAGGAAUUCUGAUUGGUCAUGCGGACGCUGCACAUUUCUUAACUCCAGCGGUUCCUUGCGUUGCUCCAUUUGCGAAGCUCCCCGGCAGAAGCCGGAUUUGAAUCACAUUCUGCGCCUCAGCAGUGCUGAGGAACCUCGCUGGUCCUGCCCACGCUGCACCCUGACCAAUCACCAUGGAUUAGGCUCAUGUUCUGUGUGCGGAGCCGCUCCAGUUACAGCCAACGGACCCAUUCCACCCAAGCAGCCCCCGCCCACUCCCGUAGACCCCGCCUCCAGCCCUGAAGCCAAAGGGCAGGUAGCCAAUGGGGAGUCACGGUGCGCGGAGUCCAACGGGGAGGUGUCUAUGUGUGGGGAGGGGUCAUUGGAGUGGGCGUGUCCUCGUUGUACUUUAGUAAACACUCCGGUGGCGUUGUCAUGCUCAGCAUGUGGAGGUCCAAGAAAACUCUCCUUACCGAAAAUCCCUCCCGAAGCUCUAGUGGUCCCGGAAGUGCGUACACCGGUGGCAGGGUUUCCCACACAAACGGCGGGAGCGUCCGUGCCGCUUCUCAUUGAUCUGACCGAAGAUUCUCCACCCCAAGUUCCUUCUGAAACCCCGUCUCCACCCCCCGUCCCGUUUCUGCCCCCUUCCCUGUCCUCGCUUCAGAAUAAUCCCGUGCCUCGAAGCCGGAGGGAAGUCCCGCCCCCUGGGCGGCCUCCAAACCCCGCCCCCUCACCAACAUCGCCCUCAACCUGCCCGCCUAACAAAUCCAAGCCCCUCCCGCCAUCAGACAAUUACCCAAUCAAGCGCCUCAGUGUGCUGGAGGAGGAGGAGCCUAACAACCCCGCCCCUCCAGUCACAUCUCCGCCCUCUUGGAAGUGCCCCGGAUGCUCCGCCCCAACGGCUCCUCCUUCGUCAUCCGCCGGCCGGUGCGACUCAUGUCGAGGGUCGCGGCCGGGUUCGGGCGGCGACGUCAUCGACGUGCUGGGCGAAUCGGUGCGCUUCACGCCGGCGUCGCCGUCCAGUCCGGACUUCAGCUCUUGGGCGUGUUCCAAAUGCACGUUGCGCAAUCCGACAGGCACGGGCCACUGCACGGCCUGCGGAUCGUCCAAAUUGCACGGUUUCUCUGAGCCGUCCGGCUGCUCGUCGUGUUCUCGGAAACAACCGCACUCCCACACGCGUGCCUUUACUUCUGCCUCAUCUUCCUCCGUCUCGUCCCCGUCGGCGCAGGACAAGAGCGCGUGUCAGUGGACGUGUCCUGCGUGCACGCUGCUGAACGAAGGAAGGAUGAAGCAUUGCGCGGCGUGUCACACCCCGCAGCAGUACCUGAAUCUGCGCAAAACGGGGAAACCGCUCAAACGUAGGGAGAGCAUGCAUGUGGAGGCCCGCAGACGCACGGAUGAGGGAGAGGCCAAGGAAUUGUGGGAAAAUAUCGUCAGCUUCUGUAGAGAGAACGCGGUGAACUUCGUGGAUGACAGUUUCCCUCCUGGUCCACGUUCGGUCGGGUUCCCCGAGAAUGACAGCGUCCAGCAGCGAAUCAAAAAGUGGCUCCGCCCUCAUGAGAUUAACUGCAAUAAUUUUAAGGAUCGUGGCGUGAAGUGGUCUGUGUUCAGGACGCCCCGCCCCUCUGACAUCCUGCAAGGCCUUCUGGGAAAUUGCUGGUUCUUAAGCGCUCUGGCAGUGCUAGCGGAGCGGCCCGAGUUAGUGGAACGUGUGAUGAUCACCAGAACCAUAUGCCACGAGGGAGCGUAUCAGGUGCGGCUCUGUAAAGAUGGAACGUGGACGACGGUUCUGGUGGACGACAUGCUUCCCUGCGACGAAUACGGAUUUCUGCUCUUCUCACAGGCUCAGCGGAGGCAGUUGUGGGUCGCUCUGAUAGAAAAGGCUCUCGCGAAGCUGCACGGCUCGUAUUUUGCGCUGCAGGCCGGUCGUGCCAUCGAGGGUUUGGCGACGCUCACUGGCGCCCCCUGUGAAAGUCUGAUGCUGCAGGUCAGCUCAACCAACCCCCGUGAAGAACCAAUCGACACGGACCUCAUAUGGGCCAAAAUGCUCAGCUCCAAAGAGGCGGGCUUUCUGAUGGGGGCGUCUUGUGGAGGCGGCAACAUGAAGGUGGAUGAUGCUGUAUAUGAAUCUCUGGGGCUCCGCCCAAGACACGCCUACUCCAUACUGGACGUCAGAGACGUUCAGGGCUACAGACUGCUGCGUUUGAGGAACCCAUGGGGCCGGUUCUCCUGGAACGGCUCGUGGUCGGACGAGUGGGCCGAUUGGCCGCAGCAUCUGCGUGUCGAGCUCAUGGCUCACGGCAGCAGUGAAGGCGUGUUCUGGAUGGAGUACGGGGACUUCAUUAAGUACUUUGACUCGGUGGAUAUCUGCAAGAUCCAUCCUGAUUGGCAGGAGGUUCGUCUGCAGGGCUGCUUCCCCUGCCGGGCGAGUAAACCGGUGACGGUAACGGCGCUGACGGUCCUGGAGAGAACCGCGCUGGAGUUCGCCCUCUUCCAGGAGGGCAGCAGGCGUUCAGACACGGCUGACAGUCACCUGUUGGAUCUGUGCAUUAUGGUCUUCCGGGCAUCGUUCGGUAACGGGAAUAAGCUGGUACUGGGGCGUCUGUUAGCACACAGCAAGCGCGCGGUGAAGAAGUUUGUAGGAUGUGAUGUCAUGCUGGAGCCGGGAGAGUAUGCUGUGGUCUGCUGUGCCUUCAACCACUGGCAGAUGGACCUGACGGGGGCGUCAACACCAGUGUCCAGCCCCACCAACGCUCGGAGACCCAGUCAGGAUUUCCCAGGGUACAUCUUGGCAAUCUACAGCUCCAGACAGGUGAUGGUGGAGCAGGUGGAGGCCAUGUCCACAACACUCGCUGACGCCAUCAUCCUGCUGACGGAGAACAAGGGAGAGAGACAUGAGGGUCGGGAAGGGAUGACAUGUUACUACCUGACUCACGGGUGGGCGGGGCUUAUCGUCGUCGUGGAGAACCGUCACCCAAAGUACUACCUCCAUGUGUCAUGUGACUGUACUGACAGCUUCAAUGUGGUGUCGACCCGAGGCAGCCUGAAGACCAUCGACAGCGUGCCACCCUUGCACAGGCAGGUACUGGUGGUCCUGUCCCAGCUGGAGGGGAACGCCGGAUUCUCCAUCACACACAGACUGGCCCAUAGGAAAGCAGCGCAGGCGUCUCUGGGCGACUGGACGUCUAGUAAAGCCACACACUCGCCCCAACUCACCCCAGACACUGACGGACUGCACAGACCGCGGCCGCUUUGACACACGCUUACACACAUAGACAUGAAACCACAUAGAUGAAUACAGACCCGUGCUGAUGAACGCACACGCAGGCACUGACGGGGUCUGGGUGGAACUACUGAGCCAAUCACACGUCUGCUCGCUGAGCCAAGACCCGCCCACUGCAAUCACACUCGCUCUGCUCAAGCACACCCGCGUCAUGAUGAACUGUCAUUCAGAGCCGCUCCUGGAGUCUCGCGUGCGUCUCCUGUCAGCUGACAUCACUUUCUCCUUUCUUUUAUGUGCGUUCAGUCAGAGAGUGACCAAAUCUCACCAAAAAUCUUUCCUGUGGCUCAUUUCACCCAAAAUCAAAAGAAAAAAAUGAUAUUUUAAAAAAGCUAAAUUUUACGAUCAUUAUUAGUGUAAUAAUAAUAAUGUUCAAGACAAUUAAGCAUAUUUUCUCCUCAAAUCCACAUUACUGUAAGACAAUUAAUUUUUAGAUUUUUUUAUUAUUUAGAAACAUUUUCACUAGAUUAUUAUCAAUUCUGGGCAUUUAAUUACUUAUUAUUAUUAUUAGAGUUUCAAUUGUAUUUGAUUAUUUUCAUGACAAUUAAGCACAUUUUCCCUCAAAAUCAUAUUUCUAUAAUGCUUUUGGACAAUUAAUUUUAUAAUUUUUAUUAUAUAGAAACAUUUUCACUAGAUUAUUAUCAAUUCUGGACAUUUAAUUAUUUUUAGUAUUAUUAUUAUUAUUAUUAUUAUUAUUAGAGUUUCAAUUGUAUUUGAUUAUUUUCAUGACAGUUAAGCACAUUUUCCCUCAAAUUCACAUUUCUAUAAAACUUUUGAACAAUUAAUUUUAUAAUUUUUAUUAUGUAGAAAUAUUUUCACUAGAUUAUUAUUAUUUAAUAGAGUAUUUUUACUGGAUUGUAAAAAAUAAAGUAAAAAAAUGUUUUUUAUACCACAUUAAAAGCAGUAGAGCAAAUGCUACCAUGUUGAUCUAUAAAUAAAAUGUAUUAUAAUUUAAAUAAUAUAUCAUUGGGUUAAAAAUAUAUAUAUAUAUAUAUAUAUAAUAUCCCAUUAUUUUCAUCUGAAUUUGGGGUAAAAAUGUCACAAAUUGUCGUCACAAUGCAGGAUAUCUUAACAGCCCAAAAUAAAGGUUUCAUUUCCUCAAACAAAAUAAAUCUUUCUUCUUCCUUUAAUCGUAGGGUGAAAUGCGCCACGUUCUCGACAUGUUUUGUGAGAUUUAGGUUUAUCGCCGUUCUGACAGCCAAUCAGCAAACUGUUCUGGGGUCACAUGUUCUGUAUCAUGGGUGAUGUAACGACAAAUGGUGAUACUUGAUUUUGGUGGAAGGCCGCGAGGGGUUUAUGUGUUGCGUAAAGCAUCUUUUAAUUUAUUUGUUUUAGUAAAGCUGAACCUUUCUGACAGAAGCACAAGUUAAGCUGCUGAGCGAGAGCCGAUCUGUCCGUCAGUUUGAUUCCUGCGAUGAUGUCACAGCUGUACGACUCAUCGGAAUGUUUUCACCUGUGCUGGAUCUGAUUGGUCGGCGGGUUGAUGAUGUGUGUUUGACUUGUUUUGUGCACUGAUCUUUAGUCCAGCGUCUCUGCAUCUUGUGUACUGGUGUAUUUUUUUCCUCUGGAUGUCGUGUUCAUUGUCUCCCUCUGUUGGCGUGUGUCGGUCUGAUCCACGUGACGUCACACACACUUUCCAUCAUUCUUUUGUAAAUUGUACAGCGCUGUUCCCCUCCGCACAAUCCACUCUGAAGUACUCGCUGUAAUUAUACAGAUCUCUGUCGGGCCGGAGUAUAAUAUGUAGAAUAUUUUAUUGAUUCUUGGACAAAAAAAUGUAUGAAAGUUUAAAAAUCUGUACGGUUCAUUUGCAAUCUCAGGUUCUGUUGGACCAAAUGACAAAUAAAGUUUGUUUUUUGUUUCUUUUUUUUUAAAUCAAGGAA